AAUCGCCUCCUCCCCCCUCCCCAGCUAUUUAGUGAUGAUUCAGAUGAGCCCUCCCAGUCCUUCGUUCUCUCCGGGGCAUCCUCCCUAUGCCUCUCUGAGUCUUUUUUCCUCUCCUCCUUGACCCCAUCUUCCACCUCCUGCCAACCGGGCUCCCUGUUCCUGUCUUCUGCUUCCUCGUUCCCGCCUGCCCGGCCCCCUGGCCCCUUCCACCUCCCGGCGGCAACCUUCCCUCGCAGGUGCGCCCGGCACCCCGGCGCUCCGCUGUGCGCUUGCGCUGUGCACCCGCCAGAGCCGGGCCAGCCGCCGGAGAAGCUUCUGCGCCGCCGGUGCAGUUUGCGCGGGAUCCGAGCUCCUGGCCGACGCUCGCGCCAGGCUGGGACAGGUGGCUGCGCUCACCCACAAGGCCGCCCUUCUGCCCGCGAUGGGCUGCUCCAGCAGCACCCUCAACAAGGCCGGCGACGGCAACAGGCUCCGCAGCGAAGAAAGUGAGUCCUGCUUUGCCCAACCCAAACCACAUACUCCGGGAAAAGAAUCAUCUACUCUUUACGGCAAGGUACAAAAGGAAAGUCCUCCUCCGUUAGAGAAGCUCAAGAUUUCAGCAGCGUCUACAGCUAAUGGUGUUAAAUCCCUCCGGGAACAGCCCCUGGCAGACGAUACUACAGACCCACCAGGACCUACAGAAGACACUCAACCUUUAGAAGGACCCAGGGAAUCUGAGCCACUUCAGCCGCAUGUCAAAGAUGAUACUCCCGGAGCAGGAGAGAAGAAUGACACGGAAGCAGUGACAGAGGCUCAGUCUUUAAAAGGAAAUGCUGAGACUGAAUCUGUAGGAAGAGAUACCAAGUAUCAGCUGUCGAGGAUCACAGGAGAGAGGGACUCUCCUGGAGCAGUGGAAGGUACUGAGAAUCCACAAACUGCCAGAGAGAUGAAACCUCUAGGAACAGAGGAGAAAGUUCCUCCUCUGGAAGCAGCUAGAGAGCCACAACCUCAAGAAGCAAUGGGAAAGGGUGAACAGACCCAGCUCCCAAAAACAGUUCCCAAGGAGAAUGAAUCUCCAGAAGGAUUGGAAGGGGGUCAGUUUGUGGAAAUGGCUGGAGAGCAGAAACUUCAAGAAACAUUGGGAAAAGAUGAGCAAUCCCAACUUCUAGAAACAAUUUCCAAAGAGAGUGAAUCUCCAGAAACAUUGGAAGGAAGCCAGUUUGUGGAAACAGCUGGAGAGCGGCAACUUCAAGAAACAGUGAUAAAAGAUGAGCAAUCCCAACUUCUAGAAACAAUUCCCAAAGAGAGUGAAUCUCCAGAAACAUUGGAAGGAAGCCAGUUUGUGGAAACAGCUGGAGAGCGGCAACUUCAAGAAACAGUGAUAAAAGAUGAGCAAUCCCAACUUCUAGAAACAAUUCCCAAAGAGAAUGAAACACCAGAAGUAUUGGAGGAAAGUCAGUUUGUGGAAACAGCUGUAAACAGUGAUUUGCUCCAUAAAACUCCUGAAGGUCUAGGAAACAUGGAGCAGAUUCAACCUGAAGGGAUAGUUGGAAGCAUGGAGCAUCCAGUGGGAAUUCUAGAAACAGGAGCUAAUAUGGAAACGGUCAGGAAAAUUCACACUAACGAAGAGGACCAACACAUUGAAGGUGAGACAGGAGAAAAAGUUGAAACAGAGAUGGAGGAUGAGAAAGUAAGUGAAGGGGCUGGAACAAAAGAAGAAGAAACAGGGGAAGCUGUGGACCUUUCAGCAGCCAUGUAGAUGGAUGUGGUAGCAGAAGGAUGAAUAGGCACAGGUGUUGUGAUAGAAAAUGUAGUGAAGUGUGUGACUUCGGAUCUGAUUGUGUCUAUAAAUGUCUUUGUGUUGUAUACAAGGAGUAUGGUUCUCCUGUUCUUGAUUACAUUGUUCCAUAAAACUGCUAAGCUGUAAACAGUUUUCUCAGGCACUUAGAAUAGUUAUACAUUUAGAACUACAGUAGCCACGGCCAGUAAGGACUAGGGUAUAGGAUCACUGAAGAGUGUGAGGGUGUUUUCUUCACUGUGGCAACACGUCCAUUCGGUUCAGAAAAUGACACCCUAAAAAGAAAGUAUAAACCUUAGGUGUAGGUGGCUGGAGAAAGGAGUUAAAUUUUAGGGAGCAUAUGAUAAUCAAGUAACACAGUUAUAAUUACAACGGGAUAAGAAUGAACAACAACAUCAGGGCAAACUAUAUCUAGUGGGUUUUUGUUUUUUAUUUCGUUUUUUUUUUUUUUUUUUUUUUUUUUUUUUUUUUUCUGUUGCAGAAUUUAAAGCUGGUAGGAACCUACUCACCUUAAGUCUGUCUACUACCAUAGACUCUUAUUUAUGUCAAAGGAGUGCAGUCUCUGGUGCUGUUGCAAGAUCAGGCAUUUCCACACUGAAAGGCUACACGUUUUUCCAGGUGCCAUUUUAAAUCAGUUGUUGAUUUUAUACUUAUGUGAAGGGUUUCAUUGGUGUUAUCCUUUUAACUGACAUUAAAG